ACUCGACGUCGUUUUGCAGGUUCAUUCCAAGUUUUAAAAUCAAUCGGUGCCUCGUUCAAGGCUACUCCUAGGGCUCUGUUACUCUGAACCAUGAUGCGUUGUAGUCAAUUGCACCGAUGGAAGAUCGGUCUCCUCCAUUCAAUAACAACCGUCCGGUCCUUCACCACCGUCGACCUUUCCGCCAUAGAUCCCUCUUCCCCACUCCAAUACUACACCGUCACACCCCCAAUCAAACCCUGGCCCCAACGCCUCUACCCAAAACGCCUUGUCUCCAUGAUCAACCGCCAACAAAACCUCGAUCUUGCCCUCCAAAUCUUCCUUUACGCCGGCAAAUUCCACCCGAACUUUUUCCAUAAUUACGACACCUACCACUCCAUCAUCCACAAACUCUCUCGUGCACGCGCCUUCGAACCCAUGGAAUCCCUCAUCUCUCAGCUCCAAAAUUCCCAAAUCAAAUGCGGUGAAAAUCUUUUCAUCUCGGUAAUCCGAAAUUAUGGCCUCGCUUCCCUUCCAAAAUUAGCAGUAAAAACUUUUUUGCGGAUCGAAAAGUUCAACGUCCAACGAUCCGUUAGAUCCUUAAACACUUUGUUAAACGCUUUGGUUCAAAACAAACGGUACGAUUUGGUUCACUUAAUGUUCAAAAACAGCAAAGCAAAAUUUAACGUUAUACCGAAUGUUUUUACUGGCAAUAUUUUGAUCAAAGCACUUUGUCAGAAAAACGACGUCGAAGCCGCAUAUAAAGUGCUCGAUGAAAUGCCUGCGAUGGGAAUGGUACCAAAUGUGGUUACUUAUACGACAAUUCUCGGCGGUUACGUGGCGAGGGGGGAUAUGGGAAAUGCGAAGAGGGUUUUUGGGGAGUUAUUGGAUAGAGGGUGGAUUCCUGAUGCUACCACGUAUACGGUUUUAAUGAAUGGGUAUUGUAGAUUGGGGAAGUUCAAUGAGGCUGUUAAGGUGAUGGAUGAAAUGGAGGAAAAUGGUGUUGAUCCGAAUGAGGUUACUUAUGGAGUUAUGAUUGAGGCUUUUUGUAAGGAGAAGAAGUCUGGGGAAGCGCUUAACUUGUUUGAUGAUAUGCUUCAGAGAAAGUAUAUCCCUAGUUCUUCGCUUUGUUGUAAAGUAAUUGAUGUGUUGUGUGAAGAGGGAAAAGUGGAGGUCGGUUGUUACUUGUGGAAGAAGAUGCUGAAAAAUGAUUGUUUGCCAGAUAAUGCGAUAUUGAGUACGUUGAUUCAUUGGCUCUGUAAGGAAGGGAAGGUUUGGGAGGCUAGGAAAAUGUUUGAUGAGUUUGAGAAAGGUUCGGUUCCAAGUUUAUUGACCUAUAAUACUUUGAUUAAUGGUAUGUGUGAGAGAGGAGAAUUGAGUGAGGCGGGAAAGCUGUGGGAUUAUAUGGUGGAAAAAGGUUGUAAUCCAAAUGUGUUCACGUACAAUAUGUUGAUUAAGGGGUUUUGUAAGAUUGGGAAGGCGAUGGAGGGGAUUAGAAUUCUGGAGGAAAUGUUGGAUAAAGGCUGCUUGCCAAAUAAGGUAACUUACAGUAUAUUGAUUGAGGGGCUUCAGGGUGUGGGAAAGGAAGGGGAUGUUGAGAAGGUUGUUUCAAUGGCUAUGUCAAGUAGGAGAGUUGAUAGGAGUUCUUGGGAUCUUUUUUUAACCAAGAUUGUUGGCAAGCUGGAUAGUGGGGUUGAUGUUCUUGGUCGGUUGUUAUUGGAGAGUGCUACGUAAGAAUCUCGGGUGUUUAAUGUUGUUUAGAAGUUAACCAUAUCCUGAAGUUUUCUUGUGCUACUCAUUUAUUUAAUGGGAGAUGGAAAAACGAUGGGGAGUGUCAAGGCAGAUUUUUAUAAACAAUUGCAAUAUCUCUCAUGACUUGGUUGUAGCUCUGGCUAUGAAACAUGUCAUCAUGGAGAAUUUGGGGAACAAUGCAGAUUCCCUUAGCGGAUUCGUCAGACCUUUUGCGAAGUAAGGACUUUUGUCUUUUCCAUGAUUGCAAAUGAGCUGUAAGUAACCAAAAUUUCUAAAAGGUAGCAGUAGCUGCUAUGAUAGUAACCAUUCUGAAGUUCAUAAACAAAUUCCAGCUUAGAACUUCUCUUUAACACUGAUUCUAGAACAAUGAUUUUGAUCUUGAUUUGAUGUGAAAGAUCAGAUUCGCAUAUUGACUUCUGGCAUGAUGGUGGAUUCCUUAUGGGACCUGGAUGAAGACUAGAUGAUUUAAAUUCAAAAUUUAUCUGCCAAUUCAUGAGGUGGUCUUGGGGGAUCAGUGGUUAUGGUUCAUUGCUGUAAUUACCGACAGCUGGUGGAUAACAAGAUGUAGUUUUGAGAUUUCUAGUUUGUUCAAAUACCCACAUUCUGUCUUUAUGUUUUUGCAUCUGACGACGAAUUGUCAACAUCUUUAACAGGACCUUUAUCUUGGCGAAAAAUAGACCCUUAUGUAUUAUUUUGCGAAGCUGGCAAUAUUGCAUAGUCAAAGAAAUGUGGCAAUAUAUAUAAUCUAUUGAAAAUUUGAGCGGUCCCAAUUUAUUUAUGAAAGUCAGCUUAAGGACCAAACAGCUGAACAUUUCUAAUUGUCAUUUGCCCCACCUGGCUCUUGUAGUAGUUGUAGAUUUAAGAAUUGGUCUUUGAAGCGUUUGUUUUUUGACUUGAUGUUGAUAUCAUGGCGACGAUAGACGCUGUUACUCAAAAGGGGACUGUGAAAAGUCUGGCCAUCGAUUCAAUAGUCCUUGGCCAGUUUGGCCAGCUAUAACGUAUCGCAUGAAAUUCAUGCGGUUUAACUCAAACCAUUAUUUUCAAAGUCUCGAUGCUGCUCGACAAAAAAACACGUUUCUAAAUCGUAUGCAGUAGUGGAACUUGAAUUCCUAAAGCUUUCUUGUUCACGCAUGUAAGUAAACCAGUCUUUUUUGUUUACUUUUCCUAAAAGAGAGGCAAGUUAUUUUGAUCAUAUUCUACCUUUUGCAAACUAUAAGUCGUGUAUAAUUCUAACGUUUACCCUGAAAAAGACUUGAGCUUGGAUUCAACUUCCAGUGUAGGUGUGCUUAGCUGAUAGUGCCCUAUG